UAUAUAUAUUUUUGAACGAGAUGACGGCCAUUCCCCAGCCAGCGGCCUCGCCGGCGGGAUUUGGGGUGGGACAAGGACAACAGACGGUGUUGCAGCAGAACUCCACACGUCUAGUGAACCUGGCGCGGCUUUUGACAUCUUUAAUGCAGCCUCAGGGGGGAUGCCAGGGCGAUUCCUAUCAGCUCUUCAAGCUCUUCGUCUCCCUAGCAAGGUUUUGGUUUGGAGCGUUGAACGGGUGAAAUGGGGUUUAGGGUUCUAGUUCAGAAUUGCAGGUUGGAGGAGUGUGGCCGUACACAAGUGUUAUGGAAAAAGGAUGGUGAAUUAGUUAUUUCUGCUCAUUGACUAAAUUUAUGGAGGCUUAUGCUUGUCGGUAUUCACCAGGGUAGCUAAUUGAAGAGGAAUGGAUAUUAUAAGAUUUUAUGCAGCACUAUAUAUUAUUUUAGUUGUGUAGAUAUUUUGUAUUUAACUAGAUUUCCCUUGAAAUAUACAGAGGUAUUGAUU